GGGGGAAAAAAGCAUGGCGGCCCCCAAGAUGAGCGUGGGUAAACCCACCGCGGACCGUUUACCGUGCAAUACCACCAGUUUUCAGAAGAAAUCACGAAGCAAACUAGUUUCAAUACCUGGCACAAGACCUUCGAUUCAAAACGGGCAACUUAUUGUUUCGACUGGUGUCACAUCUCUCGACUACGUGAUUGGUCAGUCUGCCACGAAUGUGUCGACAGCUAGCUAACGCGAGUUUAGCUUUUUCUGAUUGAUUAAACUAUAUAACAAUAAUAAUUGUUUUAAUUUAGUUAGUUUUAAAGGAAUGUUGUCACUAUUCAACUGCAUGUCUUCAACCACUGAGUCGCAUGAAGGUGGUGGUUUAGCAGUUGGAACCCUUCUACUCAUAGAGGAGGACCGAUAUGACAGCUACUCUCGUAUGCUGCUCAAGUACUUCCUGGCAGAGGGGGUGGUGUGUGGACAUGAACUCUACGUGGCGUCUGCUCUGGACCACCCCAAUGACAUCCUACAGGAACUCCCCGCCCCCAUCCUGGAUGACAUCGCCAGCCCCAAAACAGAGGACCAGGCAAAGUCAUGUGACCCUGAGAGUCAGGACGCCAUGAAGAUCGCCUGGCGCUACCAGCACCUGCCAAAAGUACAGACGGCCCUGGCGUCCUCGUCGAGGUUCGGACACUACUACGACGUCUCCAAGACAAUGGACCCUGAGAUCUGCCAGGCGGCCAGGUGCCACGGCUUCUACCUUCCAGAACACUCCACCGCUGUGACAUCACCCACCGCCACCACCCCCGGCCAGAGCCCUAUGCCAGAGACCUACUCCUCUCUGCUGAACAAUCUCCAGGAGGUCAUCCACAGGGAAGGCUUUGAUGGAACUGUCCCCCAGACCAAGUCACGGAACAUCCUACGGAUCGGGCUGCACUCCCUCGGCUCCGCCCUGUGGGAUGACGACCUGUGUUGCCGUGAAAACCCAAGCCAUGGCCACGCCCUCACCACUUUCCUUUACGGCCUCCGGGCCAUGCUGAGGUCAUCGCUCUCUGUUGCCGUGGUUACCGUGCCCUCACACCUCAUCCAGAACAGAGCUCUGAUGGGCAAUAUAACCAGGUUGUGUGACACGGCCAUCGCUCUAGAGUCCUUCAGAGGCUCAGAGAGAGAGACCAACCCCCUGUACAAAGAUUACCACGGUCUGCUAGAUGUACGUCAGCUGCCCUAUCUGAACUGCCUGGUGUGUGAUCUGCCCGACAACAAGGACCUGGCCUUCAAACUCAAGAGGAAGCAGUUCUCCAUUGAGAGACUACAUCUGCCUCCAGACCUGUCAGAGACAGUGAGUCGUGUGAGCCGGGGAGAGCUGACAGGGACAGCCAUUCUGGGCUCCUCAGGCUGUGGCUCCGGCUCCACUGGCAACAGACAUCUGGACUUCUAGAACCCCCCUCACCAUUAUCACCACUGGCAACAGACAUCUGGACUUCUAGAAUCCCCUCACCAUUAUCACCGCUGGCAACAGACAUCUGGACUUCUAGAACCCCCCUCACCAUUAUCACCACUGGCAACAGACAUCUGGACUUCUAGAACCCCCUCACCAUUAUCACCGCUGGCAACAAACACCUGGACUUCUAGAACCCCCUCACCAUUAUCACCGCUGGCAACAAACACCUGGACUUCUAGAACCCCCUCACCAUUAUCACCACUGGCAACAAACACCUGGACUUCUAGAACCCCCUCACCAUUAUCACCGCUGGCAACAAACAUCUGGACUUCUAGAACCCCCUCACCAUUAUCACCGCUGGCAACAGACAUCUGGACUUCUAGAACCCCCCUCACCAUUAUCACCACUGGCAACAGACAUCUGGACUUCUAGAAUCCCCUCACCAUUAUCACCGCUGGCAACAGACAUCUGGACUUCUAGAACCCCCCUCACCAUUAUCACCACUGGCAACAGACAUCUGGACUUCUAGAACCCCCCUCAACAUUAUCACCACUGGCAACAGACAUCUGGACUUCUAGAACCCCCCUCAACAUUAUCACCACUGGCAACAGACAUCUGGACUUCUAGAAUCCCCUCACCAUUAUCACCGCUGGCAACAGACAUCUGGACUUCUAGAACCCCCCUCACCAUUAUCACCGCUGGCAACAGUCAUCUGGACUUCUAGAACCCCCCUCACCAUUAUCACCGCUGGCAACAAACACCUGGACUUCUAGAACCCCCCUCACCAUUAUCACCGCUGGCAACAGUCAUCUGGACUUCUAGAACCCCCCUCACCAUUAUCACCGCUGGCAACAAACACCUGGACUUCUAGAACCCCCUCACCAUUAUCACCGCUGGCAACAAACACCUGGACUUCUAGAACCCCCUCACCAUUAUCACCGCUGGCAACAAACACCUGGACUUCUAGAACCCCCUCACCAUUAUCACCGCUGGCAACAAACACCUGGACUUCUAGAACCCCCUCACCAUUAUCACCGCUGGCAACAAACACCUGGACUUCUAGAACCCCCUCACCAUUAUCACCGCUGGCAACAAACAUCUGGACUUCUAGAACCCCCUCACCAUUAUCACCGCUGGCAACAAACAUCUGGACUUCUAGAACCCCCUCACCAUUAUCACCGCUGGCAACAAACACCUGGACUUCUAGAACCCCCUCACCAUUAUCACCGCUGGCAACAAACAUCUGGACUUCUAGAACCCCCUCACCAUUAUCACCGCUGGCAACAAACACCUGGACUUCUAGAACCCCCUCACCAUUAUCACCGCUGGCAACAAACAUCUGGACUUCUAGAACCCCCUCACCAUUAUCACCGCUGGCAACAAACAUCUGGACUUCUAGAACCCCCUCACCAUUAUCACCGCUGGCAACAAACACCUGGACUUCUAGAACCCCCUCACCAUUAUCACCGCUGGCAACAAACAUCUGGACUUCUAGAACCCCCUCACCAUUAUCACCGCUGGCAACAAACACCUGGACUUCUAGAACCCCCUCACCAUUAUCACCGCUGGCAACAAACAUCUGGACUUCUAGAACCCCCUCACCAUUAUCACCGCUGGCAACAAACAUCUGGACAUCUAGAACCCCCCUCACCACAUUGUCAACUGUUUCCCUGCCAACCGUUAUCUCCCGCCAAUCUUUUCCCUUCAACUGUCCAAGUGGCCUAGCAGCCUCCUUCCUUUACUAGGACACUUUGACAUUUGAUAUUUUAGUAAAUGCUAUUGUCUAGAGCGACUUACAAUAGGUGUAUUGAAGUAAGGAGCCAGCGACACUCCAUCCAAGCCCCUCUAUGUAACUCUGUCAUCUUGUUGUGACUGGGCCUUUCUCAGGGAGAGAGAGAGAGAAGGUGGGGGGAUCAUUUCAACGGGAUAUCUGUAAUGAAACACAAGAUACACCUUUCUGCUAUUUCACUAUUCUGCUAUUUCCUCAUCCUGCUAUUUCCUCAUCCUGCUAUUUCACCAUCCUGCUAUUUCACCAUCCUGCUAUUUCAUCAUCCUGCUAUUUCACCAUCCUGCUAUUUCACCUUUCUGCUAUUUCACCAUCCUGCUAUUUCACCUUUCUGCUAUUUCACCAUCCUGCUAUUUCACCUUUCUGCUAUUUCACCAUCCUGCUAUUUCACCUUUCUGCUAUUUCACCAUCCUGCUAUUUCACCUUUCUGCUAUUUCACCAUUCAAUCAAAGGAAUCUUGAAAAUAUGUUUUUUGAUAAGUUGAAUAAAUGUGUAUAAAUCUA